AUGGGACAACUGCUUUCAAGAAGCACCAACCAAGUGACUGCCAUCGGGAAGCAAACCGAAGCACUUCUUCUUCCUAAGCAAGUCUUGGGAAACGUCGGUGAGCUCUUGAGUCAAGAGCAUCGAGAAGAGAAAGCAGCUAAUAGGAGAAUGUUUGUGAGGAUCUUACAAAACAUCCGAUUUCUUGCCAGACAGGGUAUGCCAUUGAGAGGUGAUGUUGAUGACGCAGAUAGUAACUUCAUUCAGCUGUUGCGCCUGCAAAGUAUGAACUGCCCGGAAAUGAAGACAUGGCUGGAGAGGAAAACAGACAAAUGGGUAUCAGAGGAUUUGCAGGAGCAUGAAAGUUUUAUUGGUCUCUAUGAAGUGGAUAGUAUUGAUGCCAACUGCCUUGCUCAUAGCAUCAAGGACGUUCUUUUGCGACUGAACGUGAACAUAUCUCAUUGCCGUGGCCAGUAUUAUGACGGAGCUUCGAACAUGAGAGGAAGCAGAAACUGUGUAGCUACUCAAAUCCCUUCGUUAGAAAGACGUGACGUGUACAUGCACUGCUUUGGGCAUGCUCUCAAUCUCGCAGUUGCGGACACCCUCAAGCAAUCCCGUGUUUGUCGUGAAGCCCUCGAGACAGCAUAUGAAAUUACAAAACUGACAAAGUAUUCUCCUAAGCGAAUUGCAGCAUUCAACAGGAUCAAGGCAGAAAUCUCUGAUGAGGAUGCUAUUACCAGCAUUCUUGAGAACUAUAGUGUAUUGAGUCAACUUUGGGAAGAAUGUCUAGAAGCAAGGAUGAAACCAGACUUGAAAAGAAGAGUGAUUGAAGUAAAGACACAACUGGGAUCUCACCAACUUCUCUUUGGGCUAAAGCUGUCCGAGAAAAUUUUGAGGGUAACUGACAAUUUGAGCAGAACACUUCAAAAAACAUCGCUCUCAGCCGCUGAGGGCCGAACACUUGCAAAAAUGACGCUCGAAACAUUAAUGAGUAUGAGGACUGACAAAGCAUUUGUUCUGUUUCUUGAAACAGUUAAGCGUGACUGUGAUCGACUGGAUACAGACCAACCUACACUUGCGAGGAAGAGAAAAGCAACAAAGCGUUUUGAAGUAGGUGAAGGUGAUGAAUACCACUCUCCUACUGUUCAUGAUAGUUUUCGAAUGAUUAUUAUGAGGCUCUUAAUUUUGUUGUUGCUAGCAUCCAAGAACGAUUUAACCAGCCAGGAUAUGCAAAUCUACAGUAAUCUUGAAUCAUUACUGUUGAAAGCAGCAAAACAGGAAGACUACUCCUGUGAACUGAAAGAAGUCCUCUCAUUCUAUAAGGGUGAUUUCAAUGACAAAGAUCUUGCCACACAGCUGGAAAUCUUCAGCACCAAUUAUAGUUCAAAGGACCCUAUUUGUAAGAAAACUGUAACUCUUCAGGACAUUCUUAGCUUUGUAAGAACACUCUGA